CGUCAGCUGCUCGACCAGUUCUGUGGGGGUUCUUUCAGAGAAUCAAGGAGCAUUUGUAGUCAUCACUAUAGCAUGUGAUAAUAAAUUUUGCUCAACAGAAGUUUUCAGUAAAGGAAGCACUCUUGGGCCAAAAAAAGAGUAGAAUGGGACAGUUCCGGUGCUACUGGCAGAAAGUGCUAAAGUGUGUGUGUAGCACAUGCAUCUGCCUGGUCCUGCUCUUUGUUUUCCUUGGCAUCAUGGUGUGUUCAAGUAUGAAUAAGGCGACAUUGCAGGCACCCAUUAAUUCUGCACAAAGUCAUCAUUUUUUGGCCUCUGGAAGUUUUCAAAGUAAGAAGUUUGCCUCCCUUCCUAAAACUUUCUGGAGACUCCAUGAAGGCUCUUUUUGGAACCAACUCCAGGCAGCCAUUGACCGGUAUUUUAACCCCAUCUUGAAUCCCCAAAACUCCAUCACAGCUUUAAAGAAUAAGGACAUUUAUGAGUCUGUGCUGAAGCUAAGCUUCUUGGAGGCUACUAACUUGGACUCCAUGAGGAGGAAAUUUGAGCAGCUACCACAACAGAUGCAAGACUUUGUGAGCCACAUGAAUCAGAGGAACUACCCCGUCAUCCUCCACCCUACAAAUGCAACAUGUGGAGCAGGAGCAGCCACUGAGAAGGAACCUCCGCUGCUUCUCCUUGCCAUUAAAUCGACCGAGCUGAACUUCAAGAACCGUGAGGCCAUCCGGCAGACCUGGGGCCAAGUGGGUUGGGUGGCCACACGUAGGAAGAACAGUAGUAGAAAACAGGAGAUUGGAGGAUAUAUCCGGCGGGUGUUCCUAAUAGGCAAAGAGAACCCCCAAGACUCUGGAGGGGAUGUAUCUGAAUUGCUCCGAACAGAGGGUCAAAAUUAUGGUGACAUUGUACAGUGGAACUUCAGCGACACUUUUUUCAACCUCACCUUGAAGGAUGUUCUCUUCUGGAAGUGGUUCUCACGCCACUGCAGCCAGACUCGCUUUGUAUUCAAGGGUGAUGACGACGUUUUCGUCAACAUGCCGAACAUGAUGACCUACCUCCUCGAGCAGCUCGAAAAGCCUCAUGCAGAGCAUACCAUAAAUGAAUUCAUGGUUGGCGACGUCAUCGGAGGAGCUUUACCCAAUCGAGUGAACCAGUCCAAGUACUUUGUGCCAGAGAGCUUCUACAGUGGACUCUAUCCCACUUAUGCAGGUGGGGGAGGAGUGCUGUACUCCGGCCAGAUGGCCAAAAAUCUACAAGAAAUUUCUGGAAGAGUUCAUCUCUUCCCGAUAGACGAUGUUUUUGUUGGGAUGUGCAUGGCUCGGCUUAACAUUAACCCCAUCCACCACCCUGGCUUCCUCACAUUUGACUUCCCUGACAAUGAAAAUGAGAAGCCGUGUGCAUACCACAUGAUCCUCUUGGUCCAUAAACGAAGCCCAAUGCAACUAAUUGAACUGUGGGAUAAGGUGUCAAAGACACAGAAGGAAUGUUGGCAUGUGCCACUGAGGGUUUCUGACAAGUAAAACACAAAGGUUUACUUUAAUACGACUUGCAGUAUGCUCCACGAGUGGGAGUAAAAAUGGUAUGACCCCAGUUUUCCCAUUUUAUUUAUUGUGAUAGAGAGGUAAUUCACUCAUAGAAAUAAGGCCCAAAAGAAAAGAUUUAAUCAUUUUUUAUUUAUUUUAAUUAAUAUUUUUUUCUUACACUGACUGCCCAUGA